CGACAGCAUAUUCCACACAACAUGCCUGCUGCUGUCGCUACGAACGGCGCUCAAGAAGGCCGGACCGUCAAGCGCCAAAGGACUGACCAGAAUGAGAUAGUCGUCAAGAGCCAGAGACAGGUUGGCUCUUCGCGACUUUUUGCGCCGUACAGGACUGUCGGCCUCGUCUCGCCCACUUCCGUUCCCUUCACCAGCAUCGCUCUCGGAAAGACGACCUUCCAACUUACCACAUCCGUCGGCCGAAGCCUGCAAACCUACGACUUGCGCCGCGGUCUCAACCUCGUCUUCAUCACCCGCCCUCAAACUCCCGAGUUCAUUACAGCAAGCAUAGCAUGGAAAGACUUGGUAUUUGCCGCUUGGGGAGCUGAGGCUGCCGAGUCAGAACGCGGUGUCUGGAUUUUCAAGAGAGGCAAGAAGAUCGCUGAGCUGGAGAUGCCUUUGCGCCACGAACACAACAUCAAGUCCUUCUGUAUCUUUGGUUCAUGGAUCAUCGGCGCUUGCGACAACCAGAUUCUGGUCUGGAAGUCGUCCAACUACGAACUCUACACCACUCUCCAGAGCGUCACCGCCUCAGCCUUCACUGGAACUCUCAGCAGCAUGCCCACCAUGCUCAACAAGAUUGUCGCUGGCAAGGAAGACGGAACUGUCGAGAUCUGGAACGUCUCAAGCGGCAAACUGGUCUACUCGGUCCUCCCUCCUGCUGCCGAUUACGGCGCCGUUACCGCUCUCCAGCCCACGCCCGCCCUUAACCUCCUCGCAAUCGCAUACGAAUCCGGUCCUCUCAUCAUCCAGGAUAUUCAAGCCGACAAAAAGAUCCUCCAAUUCAACGCAAGCGCUCACGGCACAAACGGUCCCUCGAUCACUUCAAUCACUUUCAGAACAGAUGGCAUGGGUGCAGGAGACGAUGGUAAAAGAGCUGGUGUCAUGGCUACUGCUUCAAACGAGAGCGGUGAUGUUACAUUAUGGGAUCUGAACAACGGCGGUCGCAAGCAAGGUGUUCUGCGUGGCGCUCACGCUCCUCCGUCAUCUUCUUCGCCAGGUGGUGUCAGCAAGGUUGAAUUCCUUCCUGGUCAGGCUAUCAUCGCAACGAGCGGUCUGGACAACAGUUUGAAGACCUGGAUCUUCGAUGAGAGCCCCUUCAACCCCGUUCCUCGCAUCCUGCACCAGCGCAGCGGUCAUGGCGCACCUGUCACAACUCUAGCCUUCCUUCCUGCUGCUUCCGACGGCUCAGACGCAAGCGGUAAAUGGCUUCUCAGCACUAGCAAGGACCGCAGUUUGUGGGGCUGGAGUUUGAGACGUGAUGGUCAAAGCACCGAACUUUCCCAGGGUAACGUCACAAAGAAGGCCAGGAAGCAGGGUAUCCUCUCCUCCGAAGGCAGAGACACCAUCGAAGCACUCAAGGCUCCUCCGAUCACUUCCAUUGCAUGCUCUCUCAACCGCGACGGUGGUAUGGGCUCCAUGCCUGGCAAAUUCCCCAUCUGGCAGUCCGGCAAGGGAAAGACCAAGAACAGCACCGAAGCUACAAGCAUGACUGGAUGGGAGAGUGUUGUGACCGCACAUCAAGGAGACAACAAGGCGAGAACUUGGUUCUGGGGCAGAAAGAAGGCUGGAAGAUGGGCCUUUGAGACUCAAGAUGGUGGAGAAGUCAAGAGUGUUGCAGUUUCACCUUGCGGUACUUUUGCGCUUGUUGGUUCUGCAAAUGGUGGCAUCGACAUGUUCAACUUGCAAUCUGGAAGCCACAGACAGAGAUACCCUGCACGACUCACUCCUGCCCAAGCACAACAACUCAAGCUUGACUUGGCAAAGGCAGAGGAAGCCAUUGCUCCAGCCGCUGAGUCUGGCAAGAAGAAGUUCUACCGUGGACAGGGCAAGCACACAGCCGCUGUUACUGGUCUGGCUGUUGACAAUUUGAACCGCACCGUCAUCAGUUGCAGCGCUGACGGCAAGAUCAAGUUCUGGGACUUCAUGAGUGGUGCUCUCAAGCAUGAGAUCGACUGGUCUGGAGCUGUUGAGAUUACAGGCUUGAGAUUGCACCGUUCAUCUGAGCUUGCUGCUUUCUCUUGCUCUGACGGCUGUGUCCGCGUUGUUGAUGUUACCACAUUCAAGCUCAUUCGUGAGUUGAGAAUGUCACGAUCAUCACAAUCAAAGGCUUUCGACUUUGCCGACUUUGGCUUCUCCAACGAUGGACGAUGGGUCAUGGCAGCAACGUCAUCUUUCGUGUGCGCUUGGGACUUGCCUACUGGUCAUUUGAUCGAUGUCUUCAAGCUUCCCUCAACAUGUAACGCUAUCAGCUUUUCUCCCACAGGAGAGUACCUUGCAACAGCGAGUGAGGAGCAUGUCGGCGUGGAUGUGUGGUCAAACAAGACCCUCUUCACCCAUGUUCCUACCCGCCACAUCAACGAAGCAGAGCUGUCGACUAUUCUUGCCAGCGAAGGCCAAGCACCGACAGUAUCAGGAGAAGGCAGCAUCUCUAUCAUCGGCACUCUUGCCAACGCCCCUGACGCUGAGUCGGAUGACGAAGACUACAUCGAUGCCGACCUCGAUGCCGACGCAGAAUUGGACGCUCUGUCCUCCGAUCUCGUCUCAUUAUCACUGGUUCCUCGCAGUCGUUGGCAGAACUUGUUACAUUUGGACAUCAUCCGCCAACGGAACGCUCCCACCGCCGCGCCCAAGAAGCCAGAAAAGGCACCUUUCUUCCUCCCCUCCUUACAAGAACGACAAGCAAAUCCCGCCAUCGCAAACACAAACACCACGCAAGAUCUCGCCGCCAUUGAGCAAGAGCGUAGCCGCAUCAUGAAGAUGGAUCGCCAAAACACCGUUUCGAGAUUCACAUCACUACUGCGCGAUGCUUCGGAAACUGGCGACUUUGCUCCCUUCAUCACAAAUCUGAAGAGUCUGAAUCCCGCAGCCGCCGAUAUCGAGAUCAGAAGUCUGUCUUCCCCAAUUACAUCCUUUGAUCCGGAAUCAGAUGCUUGCAACGAGCUAGUCGCCUUUGUUCGCGCCCUCUCCUAUGUCUGCACAUCAAAACGCGACUUUGAGCUUGGUCAAGCCUGGAUGGCUGUCUUCCUCAAAGUACACUCUGAUGUUGUCGUCGACGAUGCAGAGUUGAGACAAGCGGUUAAGGAAUGGAGGGACAGAGUCGUAGAAGAGAAGGAAAGAGUUGAGAUGCUGGCGCAGUAUUGUGGUGGUAUGGUCGGUUUUUUGCGCGCCGCCAGAGUUUAGAAUAUUUUAUUCGUUUCCAGCGAGCAUUUGUGCAUAUACGUAUUUGAUGAAAUACCAGAAAGCUUUGCAUAAACUUUUAUGACAGAGUG